AUGACCCUCAGUUUGAGGCUCCGCCAGGCCCAGUGGCUGAAGCUCCGGAAGGCGAAGGAGGACCGGGCUGACCGGCAUUUGGCCAAGCUGGAGGCGCAGAAGAAGCAGGAAGAUGCCGAAGUUGCUCUGCUUCGAGUGGAAGGAGGAGUUUCUCAAGCGACCCGUCUCCGUGAGCGCGCCAGAGAAAUUCUGGCGCAGCGGGAGUCAGGGCAGCUGCAGCAGGCCAGCCGUGCCGAGCAGGAAAGAUUCCGGCAGUGGCAGCAGUCGCAUGAGACUGCGCAGUCUCAGCAGCACUUGUUCAGCACGCAGAGGGAGGCCGUGAGUGUCAUUUCCCGGGAAGUGCAGGGCAAGCACCGGAAGAUGUUUGAGGUGAUCCAGGAGCUGCAGAAGGAGCAGCGGCAGCAUGUCAAGCAGCUGAGGCUCGAGUCUGACUCCGGUCGCUUCGAUCGAUGGCAGCAGUCGCCGCAGGGCUCCUCCGUCCUCACGCAGAUGCGCGAGAAGCGGCAGAAGCAAAAGGAGCAGGAGCUAGCCCAGGAGAGGCUCGUGAGCGAAGCCCGGCAGGAAGGAAACCGCUUUGACCGAUGGAAACUGCAACAUCAAGGUCGCAGAGCACCCAAGAGCAGUUUCCUUGCUUGA